AACGAUGCUGCAUAACCUUAUCAUAUGAAUUCUAAACUUAAUAAUUUACGAAUAAAAUGUCCACGUGCAAAGUUUGCAAUAGCACGAACUUUUACAAAGAAGCUGGUUAUUUUUUCUGUCAAACAUGCCAAACUCAGAACGAGAAUAUCCGGGAGGAGGUCCUCGAAUUGCGUAUAGAUAGUUCAACAAGAUUGCGGAAAACGAAAAUCAGACAAUUAAGAUCUGAUAUAUCAGGUGAAGAACUUGGAUGGACUUCGUGGGAGCUGUACAAUUUUGUUCUUAUUGGAUUGACAAAUGAACUUAUAGAACUCGGAGUUCCUUCUGAUAUAAAAAUGACAAUAUUACAAUUAUGGGCAACGUAUUUAAGAAAGAUAGAAGUUGCAUUUCUCUCAACUAAGAAAAAAUGUAUACCAAAGUUGGCUAGAAGAUAUAACAGCAGGGAUGCUGAAAUUAUUUAUGGUAAAGUAAGAAUUCAAAAAAGAUAUAGAAAACGCAAGAGAACUGGCAGCAGUGCUAGCACUUCCAUGAUAUCAAGUUUUCAAAGCGAGGGUAGUUCUAGUAGAGAGUUAAGUAAAAACAAGAAACUUUUAGUAGCUGCAGAUUAUGAUAGGUACCUUCAAUCUCAAGCUAGUUCUGACGAUGCUAAUACAGGUAGCCAAAGUGUAUAUAGCAAUCAGUCUAGCUCUGUAAAAUCUUCGAUCGAUGAAAGGAAAGUGCAAUUCAGCUCGCAUGCUAAACAAGAAGCAAAAAAGAUUAAAAAACUAGCUAAAAAUAUACCUAAGCAUAAGAGAGCUAAAUACAAAGCAACCCACAUAAGUACUCAGUAUAAAACGGGACCUCAUGUGAUUACACCAAUGAAAUUAUGGGCAAUUAUAUAUCUAGCUCUAAGAAUUCAUAAUCAGCCUAUACAAUUAGGAGAUAUGCUAAGAUACGGAAGAGAAGGACAUUUAUCUUACUACAAGUUAGAUCAUUUAUUACCACCAGAAGUAAGUUCAACUAAAAUCGAAAAACACUUUUUAUCGCAAAACGUUGAAAUUACGCAUAAAGGUAUGAGGCGAACUAUUGCGAGUAUGGCAAAAUUUCUCGGCGUGUGGAAUGUAAUUUGCCCAGAUUUUUUACCUUUAAUUAAUCGAUAUUGUCAAGAAUUAGCAUUACCAAGAGGUAUUCAAUUAUACACCGAAAGAUUAAUAGCGUUAGCACCUCCCAAAAUGGUAUUUAAUUCAAAAAAAUCAUAUAUUCCGAAUUAUGAGGGUCGUGCAAUAGCAUUUAUUAUUGUAGUAUUAAAAACUUUACUUGCCUUAGAUGGUGUAACUGAGUAUCAAAUUAGCGGAAUUGCAGAGAAAAUCAACAGCGUUGUUUCUGAUCAAGAUUUGGUCAAUGGGAAACUGUUUAGUUUUAACGAGUGGCAAAGAUACAUCGAAUGUAGGAAAACGAUUUUAACGCAUACACAUUUUCCAACCAAACUAAAGUAUAAUCUGGAAACAGCUGGGAUUAACGAUUUAUACAUCAAGUUUUUAGAACAUAUGUCCUCUAAAACGAAUAAAAAAGAACCAGAUAUAAAAAAUUCGAAACAUUUUCUACCUGAAGAACUUAUUAGUGCCAUGACAAAACACAUAAGUAAUUUGAGUAUUAACGAUUUACCGCCCAAGGCAGCAGAGAUAUUCCCACCGUCUUUAACACCACUUCAUUCGUACCUUCAGCAGUUAUUGGAUCAUCCACUUUAUGAUAUUCCUGCUAUAGCACGAAAUGACUUCUUCCUUACAAAAGUUGGAUACAUGACAAAGCCUAAUUUGCUCAUGGACUUGGCAGCCCAGUGCGAUAUUGAAUUAGAAAUAAUUGAUUCGAGCUUACAUUUUCUGGAAAAAUAUGUACCUCCAUUUGAACAGCCUAAAAUGCCAAGUAUGAAAGAACUACAGGAACUCGUAGACGUGGAAGAUGAUUCAAAAGUUCGAUCCGUAAACGCAAGUGAAAGCCUGAACGAUUAUUUACAUGCUAAAUUGCCAUGUAGAGUGAAAUUUGAUACCACUAAACAACGGUAUUACGAUAGUGCUGUAAAUACAAUGAAGAAUUUAAAAAAUGUUGAUGUAGAAAGUGAUUUUACAUUUGGUAAAACCUUACCAAAUGGAAAAUUAGCAAUUCCUGUUCAUAGCGAUACUGAAGAUGAAAACGAGGAAGAAGACACAAAUGUUAUUAGUAACAUUAAAUCAGAAAAUAUACAAUUGAAAAAUACUUUUUGUGAUAAAUAUAAUUUAUGCUUGUCGCUCGCGGAAAAGGGAUCUAUUAGUAAAUUAGAUGCGACAGAGAAGAUACAUUUUAGGAAACAAAAACAUAAAAUGGCACGAAAUACUAAAGGCCAGUUUAUAAAAGGCACCAGCGUGUCUGUACAAGGCACAAAAAAUGAAGUAUCAAAUAAUCUUAAUUUAGAUAGUGACGUCGCUGUAAAAGUUGAAAAUACUCAUAAGAGUAGGAAUGAUUCUUGCGAACUUAAUGUUUCAACAUCGGUCACAAAAGAGAUAAAAUAUAUAACUGAAGAAAGACAUCGAUUUUUUAGACCUUUUACGGAAUACUGGAUGUAUCAUUGCAUAUUCAGUCGUGUAAAACCAAAGAAUUUUGCAGUGUUUGAAAGAGCACUGCCAAGAACAUUUCGUUGGCUGCUAAACGAAUGCGCGCUUAUCGUAGAGAUGUCGACGGAAGAUCUUUACGAGGAAGUAUGUUUAAUAGAAACUUAUCACGCUCACGUUUUGAAACCUCGUAAUUCUAAAACUAAUCAUUCUAGCAAUACAGAUCGACUGUCCAAAAAUCAAUUGAAUUUAAUCUUAAGUAAAUGGUGAAAAGUUCUACAUAUAUGAUAAUAUUCGACAAUGUAUUGUAAUAGCAUAUGUAAUGUAAUGCUCAGUAUUUAUAAAAAAAAAAGAAGCUAGUUGUAUCGAUAA